AUGCCCGUUUCCCGCGGGGAGCUCUCGAGGCCGCCCUCACCCUCACGGAGGCUGUCGGGGAUCGGCCCCCAGAGACGCCCAGGGCAAACCCAGGGGCAAGUGGACGAGCCGGGGCCCGGCUCGCGCGUUUCCCCCCUUGGUAGAACCCCGCAAGUUUUCGGCAGCCUGUCGGGGGCUGCCGCGGGGCUGCCCCAAGUGCGCGGCUCUGUCCCUUGCGCACAGAGGACAGGAGAGAGUGGGACAGUGUAUGAAACCGCUGGGGUUAGGGCUGGCGCAAAGGCCACCCCCGCACCCCCCUCCCGUGCCUACCGUCGGGCCGUGAACUUUCCAGUGGGCCUAGGGAUUUAUGCCCCACUCAGCACGCCUGUAACCCUAAGGCAGCCGAGCAGUGGGGGUUCGAGGCUCCCUCCCUCCUGUUGCCCUUCACGAGAGCGCUUUUCUGGGCGCACAAGUGUGUGCGUAAGGAGCGGAGAGGAGCACCGAGAGGGAGAUUGGGACAAUAGCUGGAGUGGAUUAUGCAUUCCCGUAGGCAAUACUUCCCUAUAUGAGCUUCAGGAUGCAGUUGGAAGCUCGGGAACAAAGCGGGCAUCGAAUGUCAAGGAAACUCAAAACGGAAGGAGGGAUGCUACUUGAAAGUGUGACUCAAAAAAAGAGGUUUCGCUUUGCAGCCAUCAGUAGCACCAGGAGACAGCUCCAUUAAAAAAGUAGUUUUCCACUGCUCUUGAAAAGCCGUUAUUUUUUACAUCGCUUUUAGGAAGAUAGAUUAACAAAACAUCACAUUUCAAGCCACUCUGAUCUGUAAUUAAAUGGAGGAGCCCGUUUGUAUUCUCCUAUGGCUUUUACAGAAGUUGCAGUGAUCCAAAGUCAGGUUGCUGUGUCAGAGUGGCAUUUUUAUUAAUGAGAAUACAAAAAGCUUGCAUAUUCUUAGCCCGGCUUGAAUUUAGUUGCUAAGCAACCGCUGUAUGGUAAUUCAUCCGCGAAAUUUAAAUCUUGGAGAAAGGAUCCUGCGUUUUGCUGAAUGGUCGCCACGAGGAAAACAACUUGUGGGACCCGCGGCAGCUGCCGCCGCGCC